AGUUGGUCGCGAGGCGCAGAGUCGGUUGGGUCGCGGGUGAGGUGUGGCCGCGCUGCUCACACUCGUUGGGUGUUUGCACACUCGCUUAACACUGACACACUUGUACGCCUUCCUACACACACACACACGAGCUUCCGCCGUCUCACCCUUGCACCAUGGCGGCCAGAUACGAUCGUGCCAUCACCGUGUUCUCGCCCGACGGACAUUUGUUCCAAGUGGAGUACGCGCAGGAAGCGGUGAAGAAAGGCUCCACCGCGGUUGGAAUUCGAGGCAAAGAUAUUGUCGUUCUUGGUGUGGAGAAGAAGUCUGUUGCUAAACUGCAGGAAGAGAGAACUGUAAGAAAAAUCUGUGCACUCGAUGAACAUGUCUGCAUGGCAUUUGCAGGUCUAACAGCUGAUGCUAGAAUAGUAAUUAACAGAGCCCGGGUGGAGUGUCAGAGUCACAAGCUUACUGUAGAAGAUCCAGUGACUGUGGAGUACAUAACUCGCUACAUUGCAACUUUAAAGCAACGCUAUACACAAAGCAAUGGCCGCAGGCCAUUUGGAAUCUCUGCUUUGAUUGUGGGGUUUGACUAUGACGGCACACCGAGAUUGUAUCAGACAGAUCCAUCUGGCACAUAUCAAGCCUGGAAGGCAAAUGCUAUCGGUCGAAGUGCUAAGACAGUCCGAGAAUUCCUUGAAAAGAACUACACAGAUGAAGCUAUUGCAUCUGAUAAUGACACCAUCAAGCUGGCAAUCAAGGCUCUACUGGAAGUUGUGCAGUCUGGCGGGAAAAACAUUGAACUGGCUGUGAUAAGAAGGAAUCAGCCACUGAAGCUCUUAGAUCCUAAAGAAAUAGAAACAUUUGUAGCAGAAAUUGAAAAGGAGAAAGAAGAAGAAGUUGAAAAGAAGAAACAGAAGAAAUCAACUUAAAUAUAUACAAAUAGCAAUGUUGUGUAUGCUACUAAUAGACUUUAGUACCUUACCAACUUAUAAUUGCAUGGCAAACAACAUACUAAGAGACUGUAUAUUUUCAGGUAUUUUCUGUGGGCUUUUCCGCUCCCUUGUGCCUCCUGUGCCCCACACCAUCUCUGGUUGAGGUGGUAUGACACAUUUCCACAGGUUACUUUUGUUAGAAAUUGUUGUCCGUUCUGAGACCAGCCCAGUGGAGAAUCUUCAUCCAGUUGAGUUUGGCAACUGCAGAGUUGGCAUCAAACCCACUAUACGGUUCAAGAGAUGCAGUGCCCUACUGUGACUAUAUAGCAUUUCUCUAAAUAAAGCUACCAAUCUCCAGAGCUAUUGAGUCGCUAGGAUACAGUAAUAUGAAGAAUAUUUUCUUGAUUUUUUCAGAGCUGCCAACCAUGUGGGUGAAAGGAGGACUGUAACCUCCAAUCCUACUGCAUCAUCUAUUAUACACCAUGUGUAAAGUCAGAUGUACAGCGAAGUGCACAGUUGCUCUUAAAAUAGAAUGAACAAAUAAAAAGCCUUUGAUUGAUUUUGAAUGGUGGUUAAUAACACGAUUAAGGGCACCAGUAAUGUGAACUUCUGCAAUUACACAUGGUGCCUGAUGAGAGUCUACAGUCUUGUGUUGAUGAAGGCCAGAAUGUUGAGGAAAUAUCAUGCCACUUAUAGAUUUACUAAAACUGAGAAUGGAAUUAAUAGUUUAUUCAGGAAAACUGGGAUGUAAAUGUAACCUCACAUCACAAUGAGUAAAUACUUUCUGGUGUGGUAUUGAGAUAUUCAGGCAAAGCAAGUUCAGCUUGGUUUGUGUUGUUAGUCGACUUCACCAACGGUACUGCAAUUAUUCUGUGUCGCACUGCAGGAAAAGGGGAAAAAUCAUUCGGUCUCCCUUUACUAGUUGCUAUCUAGUGAUUGUGUAUCCAUGUUGCGGAUAUCAGAACAAGAUCAGUUGUAAUUUGAUUAAAUAGUCUGCCUGCCAGCACUUGAUCCCAAGGCUUGUCUCUCAAGCAUGGGCACUUGGGAAGGUAGCAGAGAACUGCUAGAGUCUGUGGAGCAUGAGUGACGGUAUUCAAGAGAACGAGAGGAUGAGAGUAAACAACAUUGUGGGGCACUGCAUUUGUAAUUUUUUAAUCAAGAAAUGCAAAACAUUUAGUACAAUAUUUUCUGACUUAUGAUAAGCUGUAGUGUAGAUUGGUGUAUUUCUCAUAAUUUUGAUUUGCACACUUUGUUUUCUGUGCAAAUUUGAAGCUGUGGUUACAUUUGGUUCAAAAAAAAUAUUUUUCUCACGGAUAACAAAUAAAGAUUUAAAAUCGUG